AUGCAUAUAAUUCCCUCGAAUAAAUCCAACGAUUUGACAUUGAACUUAAAAUUAACUAACAAAGGUAACUUACCUCAAUCGACGAUAGAUGAUAUCAAAGAUAAUAAUAAUAACACUAAAACGAACAUUGCUAUUUAUAGCAACGUUAAAGCUCACUUGGAUGACGAGUGUAGAAAUAGACUUCAUAUUCCAUCCUAUAUGACACAGACUAACACAAGAACUAGUUGCUCGACUACAUUAGAUUUUGAUCCAAACAAUUUAGAUUCGUUAUCAAUAACUAUAUCAAAACACCAAAAAGAUGAACCUAAAAAUUUGAAGAUUUUUCAAAAAGGAGUAAUUAAGAAUGCUAUGCCGAAGAAGAAAAUAAAUGACCCUUCAUUGUCAUCUUUUAUAUCUUCUUCCCCUUCUUCAUCAUCGUCAUCGUCAUCAUCAUCAUCGAACUCUGAAAAAUCUACGAAGAAUCUAUUAUCUCAUGUGAAGAAUCUUUCUAAAAUAAAGACAACGGAACCAUUCCGUAGUAAAACUAAGCAACUACCUGCAAUGCGAAGAUCUUCGUUACAACAGGUUCAAACGCAUAAUCCUCAAGAACAAAAGAAAGUUGUACAUCGACGCUCAUUACCUCCUCGAAGAAACACUCAAGAAUCAAUAGCUACAACAAUUCCAUUUUUUGCUUUACGACAUUCCCAAAUUUUCCCUUUAACAGAUGAUGAGAUAAAUCAUUCAUUGCAGCACCACCAGAACCACGAUACUGAUGAACUAUUAUCUGCUGUAACAAGUAACGUCUCUUCAUCGAUGGUGUCGACGACUACUACUAAUACUACUAACUCGGAGGAGAGAUAUCCUUUAUCAACAGAUCCAGAAGAUAGAUAUCAACAAAACCCUUCCCAUUCGCAUGACUCUCCAAGUGGUGGGAAGAUUGAUAACCGUAAUUCAAAAAUGCGUAUGUUAGGUAAGAAAGUGAGCCAAGGUCAUGUGAAUUUCCAAAUAGUUUAUGAUAUGUUACUAGGUAUAAGAGUGGCACUGAACUCUUUAUCUCCAAAUUCCUCAUCCGUACUCUCAUCACGAAAAUAUAAGAAAUUCAUUUUCGAUUCAAACUAUGAAAUAAUUGAGCCAAUACAGGAUAAUUAUACAUAUUCCUUUAAAUUUAAAGAUUACUACCCGACAAUUUUCCAAAAACUACGAAAUGAAAACUUUCAAUUGAAUGAUGCAGAUUAUUUAGAUUCAUUGACCUCCAAAUACAUAUUAAACGAAUUCAACUCACCAGGUAAAAGUGGUUCAUUUUUCUAUUUCUCAAGGGAUUAUAAAUAUAUCAUCAAGACAAUCCAUCAUGAUGAACAUAUCCAUCUUCGGAAUACAUUACUACGAUAUUAUAAUCAUCUCAAAUCCAAUCCUAACACCCUGAUUUGUCAAUUUUACGGAUUAUAUAGAAUUAAAUUCCCGAAAAGGUUCUUUAGGAAAAGGAAAAUUUAUUUCUUGGUGAUGAAUAACGUUUUCCCUCCUGAUUUAGCAAUGAAUGUAACUUUCGAUUUGAAGGGAUCCACUUGGGGCAGAUUCUCUCAAACUCCACUCCAAAGUAUGCCUCAGAACGAUAUUGAAAGUAGUAAUAACGAUAACGAUGAUGACGAUAAUAAUAAGAUGAUUUCCAUCGUUUUGAAAGAUUUAAAUUGGCUGAAGAAUCAAAAUAGGCUGGAUUUUGGAUCCCAUGAAAAGAAUGAAGCAAUAUUGAAACAAUUAAAAACCGAUGUGGAAUUAUUGAUUGAUAUGAACACUAUGGAUUAUUCUUUAUUGAUUGGUAUCCAUUUCCUUGAAUCAGAUCGUACAGAUGACAAAGAGGAAGAUACUAACGAUGGAGGCAAUCGUGCCACCUUUAAAUACAAUGUUGGGGACCAUGAGAAACGGAAAUGUGUUAUUUGUUACAUUGGAAUCAUAGAUUGUCUGACAAAUUAUUCAAUGGUUAAGAAAUUAGAGACUAUUUGGAGAAGUUUGAAUCAUGAUUAUAAGACAGUUAGUGCAGUUCCGCCAAGGUUCUAUGGUAAUCGAUUUUACAAGUAUGUGGAGGAAUCCAUUGGACAUAUAGAUGUGUAA